AUGGCUAGCAAAGAAAAAGAUGGCAAAGGGCUGCCGAGCAAAGUAGCAUCUUCACCAAAAGCAGCAAAGAUAGAAAAUCUAAAUAUCAAUAAUAAAACCGAAGAAACCAAUAAACCCACGAGUCAAAAUGAAGGAGUUGAGAAUUACAACAAGUUAAAGAAUAAACUUAUUCAACAGAUCGUAAAACGUCAGGAACUAACUACGAAACUAACUUCAUUGGAAGAUUCAAUAUAUCAAAAGGAACUUGAUUACUUCGAGGAGAGUAAUUUCGGGAAUAUCGUUAAAGGGUUUGAGAACUUCUCCAAAAGUGGAGGUGGUGGAAGUAGUGGUGGUAGUGGUGGCGGUGGAGGAGGUGGGGGAGCACUGAGUGGAUUUGGAGGGAAUAAACGAAGGAUAGUGUAUACUGAAGAUGAUCAUAUUUUCAGCUUGAGCUCGGUGAAUUACAUUAAGGGUUUAAUGAAACGACAAGGAGGGAACUAUGGCAUGAAUGGAAGUAAUAAUGCAAAUAAAGACGAUUUUGAUGAUUAUGAGGAUUCCAUUGAUCCAGGAAGUGCAGGUAUGAAGAAUGCCAAUGCUGCUUCGCCAGGAGCAAGUAUAACUAGUGGCGCAACUGCUGUAAGUGCGGCAUCUCCUGGCGACAGUACCAGCGGUUCAGGAACACCCAUGCGAAAACGUAAAGCACGAGUCUUAGAUGAUUAG